CCCUCGACCACUGGCAUGUCUGCAACGCGAACGACGACCUAAACCUUUACGUCGUCGACCUCGAGGUGACCAGCAGUGGACCAUAUAUAUAUUAGCAUUGAAUUGCCAGUAGACCCAGGAGAAAUAACUGCGCAGUCUCACAACCUCGCCUAUGGGCAGGCCGGUCCAUGCGACAGCGCCAGUAACUAGGAAUAUCUGAGCUGGACUUCGAAUGCGUCGGCGUCAUGAACAGCGCAGGCCCGUUCACCCUUCCAAAUAUCAAGGCUCAUCCACAGGACUAUAUUGGGCCCGGCCUGGUCAGCUCGUUCGUGCAGGCUAUCCUCACUGGUAUCAUCUAUAGCCAGUCCGUGCAAUUCUGGACUCAGUCGCAUCGUGAAACACCCAUCGUGAACUGUCUCGUGGGCUUCGUAUCGUCAGUGGCAGUGUACCAGACGGUUGCCGCAUUCUAUGUCACAUGGCGGGCUCAUGUUACAUUAUAUGGAGACUGGGUUAAUGCAGUCAAUUUUGCUUGGCCUGAUAGAACGCAGAACGUAGUCACGACGGUCAUGUCUUGCCCCGUUCAAGUCUUCCUCAUCUGGAGAUGCUACAUUUUAUCGAAUAGGAAGCUCACGACUCUAUUGCCGCUUAGUGUACUAUUGCUCGGAUGCGUCGUAGUCAGCGCAGUCACUACUGCGAUGGUAUUCAACUUCGAUUUCGUCGCUCCGCUACGAGGACCUGUACCUCCCCUUCCCAGCGACGUCGCGCUGAAUAUCGAAAUCAAUUACACAUUGAAUAUGGUAUUCUCCGCUGCAAUGGACGUCGCUUUAACUUCCAUACUCUUAGUAUAUCUGCUUCGGUCUCGGUCAAGUGUUGCUACACAUCAGUUUCGUAAGGUCCUUUACGGCCUCGUUGCUAUUACAUGGGAAUCUGCGCUUCCGCCCUGUGCAUGCGCUAUAGCCACCCUCGCUGUCUUCCUACGAUGGGCGGAGCAUAACUACUGGAACUUGGUGUUCCAGGCUACAUUGGGCAAAUUAUACGUGAUAUCGCUGCUGUUUACCUUGAACAGCAGGGCGGAGCUUCGCGCCAAAGUACGGGCGAAUGAACUGGAGUUGCCGGAUAUAUACUGGACGUCUCUCCCACAACCAAGGGGAGAUGCCCCCGAGCCCUUUGCUGAUGAGAUAGACCUGGGUCCUGUGAGCCCUCAGGUGUCAGUGAUCAGGCAUGCCGUGGAACCCCGUGAGAAGGACAAGGAUUGGUUCGCGGGCGGCUCAAGUCAGGCUUGCGGCUCCUCUCCCUCUCAGCCCUCGACCCUUGUGUAA